AUGGCGGCGUUUCGGUGUGUGGCGGCUGGCGCGGAGUUGGAGGAUUCAGAUGAUGGCUGGUACUUGGGUUGUGACUCAUACGAUGACCUCCAAGUAACGGCAGUGAAAACAUACCAAGUAAAAACUGAUUCAGAAAUUGAGCUAUCAAAUAACGAAAAAGAGAAAAGGAACAAUAAGGAGACAGCCACUUUGAAACAAGCUUUAGCAUCACAAAAAGCACAUGUGGUUGAACAAAUUUUAAAUUCUGGCCUAGAUGUGGAAACACGUUUUGGCUUUGGUUGGACUCCAUUGAUGUAUGCUGCAAGUGUAGCUAACUUUGAAAUCACUCGUCUUCUUCUCGAUAGAGGUGCUAAUGCAAGUUUUGCAAACGAUCAGUAUACAGUAUUGAUGGCUGCCUGUGCUAGUAAUGAGUCAGAAGAAAAAGUGGUGAAGUGUAUAGAGUUGCUGUUGUCCAGAAAUGCAAAUCCAAAUACUUCCAGCAGGAAUCAGAUGACUCCAUUGAUGUACGCAGCUAGAGAAGGACAUACUCAGACCAUUACACUACUGGUGGCUCAUGGAGCAGAAAUAAAUAUCCAGGAUGAAAAUGGCUAUACAGCACUGACAUGGGCUUCAGGUCAAGGCCACCAAAAUACAGUGCUGAAAUUAAUUGAGUUGGGAGCUGAUAAAACGUUGAAGACCAAAAAUGGAGAGAUGGCAGCUGAUAUUGCUGAGAAAAAUCAUCAUUCACAGUUAGCAUCAUUACUCAUGGUGACUUCAAAUUCAUCCUUAUUGGGAAAACUCCAGAAUGUAUCUAAAGAGGAGGCGAUUUUCAAAUACUUCAUAAAUCAUUCUAAUGCAGGAAAGAACAACAGAAUAUGUUCAACUUCAAAUUUUGGUGAUGUAGAACUGUUUCUGUCUGGACUUGAACUUGAACAUCUUCAGGGGUUAUUUGAGGAGAAUGAUGUAUCAUUCAGAGGACUUCUGACAAUGGGGAAAGAAGACCUUGAAAAGAUUAAAGUUACUGAUCCGAAUGAUCAAAGGAAAAUUUUGGAAGCAAUUUGUGAGAUGCAGCCAGAAGACCUACAAGUUGCCCAGUUACCUUCACUGGACAAUUUUGAUUGCAGCAGUGAAGAAGUUAACAAAUUUUUGAUAAAGUUGAAGAAGCAUUGUGGUCACCUAAUGGUAACGGUUCAGAAUGUGGCAAACCAAUUAGCAACCAACUCAGAACUGAGAGUACUGGAUUUGGAUCCUGACCACAAAUCUGCUUUGGUCUGUGAUGACUUGGCUAAAUGUAUUCAGGACCUGGAUAAAGAAGUGGAGAGGUUGAAGAAUCUUCUGUUGAAGUUGCAGAAUGACCACGAGCAAGCUCCCAGUCGCAUACCAUCAUCGCAAAGUUACUUUCAUCCCAAUCACUUCCUAAAGAAAGCAGCAAUUGGCCUAUUUGGAACUGGAAUUGGUUUUUUCCUCAUAAGGCUACGGAUUCUGAGAAAUUAA